AGGAAGUCCAUUAUACAUAGCAACCACUUUCAUAUUCCAAAAUCAGCUUUCUCACUAAAAAAAAUGGCUGUUUUUCAUAUUCUCUCCAAGUAUAGAACCAAGAUUCCAACUUUAUUCUUCAAUAUCAUCUUCCUUGUUAUAAUUUCUUGCCUCACAUUUCAUCUCUACUCUUCAAAUUCCAAUUUUUCUCUAAACAACACAUUCACAAAGCCAAAAAAAGAUAGUUUCUUGCUAGGCAAAGAUAUUGGUUGUAAAGGUAUUGAAAAGUUCAAUAGUAGAGAAGAAAAGUGCACUUAUGUUAAAUCCCAUAAAGGGUGUAAACCUGAUGGAUAUAUAUUUUAUCUGCAACUUUUUUAUUGCACUUUUAGCCCAAUUCUUGGAUAUUCCUUGCUAGCCCUUUGGCUUAUUCUACUUUUCUAUUUAUUAGGUGAUACUGCAAGUAGUUAUUUUUGUUCUUCACUUGAAGGACUAUCAAAAACUUUGAAACUUUCACCUAUAAUUGCUGGAGUUACACUACUUUCUCUUGGAAAUGGUGCACCUGAUUUGUUCUCUAGUAUUGUUUCUUUCAUGAAUGAUGGUACAAAUAGUAUUGGACUCAAUAGUAUAAUUGGUGGUUCUUUCUUUGUUUCAAGUGUAGUUGCUGGAAUUACAAGUAUUUCAAUUAGCCAACAUGGGAGGAAAAUCAAGAAGGCAAGUUUUAUUGGGAAUGUGUUGUUCUUGAUUCUUUGUGUUGUUUGUCUUCUUGUUGUGAUCAUCAUUGGCAAGAUUCACUUAUGGGGUGCUUUGGCUUUCUUUUUUCUAUAUCCUGUCUAUGUUUGCUUCAUAUUCGUCUCGGAAAUGUACGUACGAGAAGAGAAAUGCUUGGAUUCUGCAGAAACCGCGACAGAUGAAUUGUUAGUUUUGCCAAUAGUUUAUGACAUGCAAAAGGCUCAAGAAUUGUCAUGUGAAUUGAGGGUACCUUUGUUGGUGAAUAAGGGUGAGAUACAGAGUGAAAAGCAAAGGAAAAUUGUUUGUGUGUUGAGAAAAGUUGGGUAUGUUCUUGAAUUGCCACUUGACUUACCAAGAAAGUUAACAAUUCCAAAUGUUUCACAAGUGAAAUGGUCAAAAACAUUUGCAAUUGUGUCCAUCACUUUAGCUCCUUUGCUAUUGGUUCUCAUUUGGGAUUUCUUUGGGCCUGAAUCACGUAUUUGGGCCUAUGGAUUUGGUGGAGUUCUUGGGCUUACUUGUGGAAUUCUUGUGUUUUUCACUAGUGAUGGUCUUCACCCACCAAAGAAAUUCAACUUCUUGUGGCUUGGGCUUGGUUUUCUAAUGAGCAUUACUUGGACUUACAUAUUGGCAGAAGAGCUUAUUUCUUUGUUGGUUUCAAUGGGCCUAAUCCUUAGUAUCAGCCCAUCAAUUUUGGGCCUGACAGUUCUUGCAUGGGGUAAUUCAUUAGGAGACUUGGUAGCUAAUGUAACACUAGCUAAAACUGGUGGGCCAAGUGGAGCCCAAGUGGCCUUAUGUGGAUGCUAUGCUGGGCCUAUAUUCAAUACCCUUGUGGGCUUGGGCCUAUCACUAAUUUUCACAACUUGGAAAGCAUUUCCUUCAAGUUAUAUUGUGCCAACAGACUCAACUGUUUAUGAAACUAUUGGGUUCUUGAUAUUGGGCCUACUUUGGGCCUUGGUAAUCUUGCCCAAGAGAGAUAUGAAGCUUGAUAAGUUCUUUGGAAUUGGGCUUUUAGCUAUAUACUCAUGUUUCUUGUUCUUAAAGCUUUCUAGAGCUUUUGGCUUCAUUAACUUUCAAGUUUCCCCAUAAAACUAGGUUGAAGCACUUUCAUUUGUAGUAAAGUAGAAUCAAAGGUUUCUACUUGGAUGUAUACUUGUAUUUUUAUGUAUUCAUCCUACGUAUAUAAUGAUGUGAAUUAUCUUGUA